CGCCCCGGGCCCGGGGCUGCCGCACGCCUUCCCCGGAGCCUCUCAGACGCCCCGCGCCCGAGCAGAGCUGGAGGACUGCGCCCCCCAGGAUCCCGCGGGCAGAGAAGCCUCCCCACCUUUCUGAGGAUGAUAUCCGGCUAAAAAACGAGAGAGACAAUUGCAGCGUCAAAGCUCUGGAGCCUGCAACGAGCUCCCUUCCUCCAGAUCACAAAAACAUGGAAAUUGAAGUCUCUGUUGCGGAAUGUAAAAGUGUUCCUGGAAUCACCUCUACCCCACCUUCCAUAGACCAUCCCUCCCCUUUCUACUCUCCCCCCCACAAUGGCCUCCUCACUGAUCACCAUGAAUCUCUGGAUAACGAUGUGGCCAGAGAGAUCCGCUAUCUAGACGAGGUGCUGGAGGCCAGCUGCUGCGAUUCUGCUGUGGACGGAGCAGCGUACAACGGCACAUCGUCCCCAGAGCCUGGAGUAGUAGUUGUGGGCAGCCUUCGAAGCCCACCCCCCCCCACAGCCAUCCAGCCGGAACCCACGGAGAGGGUAGCUGGCAGACAGGUUCCUCCUCACAUCGAGUUCAGUACAAGCAACCCUGACACCAUGGCCGAGAGUGGAAAAGCCAACGGCCACUCCCCUGACCAGCCCCAGGAUCUGCUGGGGGACGGCCUGCAAGCCCCCGUGAGCCCCAGCUCCUCCACCAGCUCACGGUGCUCCGGCCGGGAGGGGGAGCUCACGCUCACCACGCUGAAGAAGGAGGCCAAGUUUGAGCUGCGUGCCUUCCACGAGGACAAGAAGCCCUCCAAGCUCUUUGAGGACGAUGACAAUGAGAAGGAGCAAUACUGUGUCAGAAAAGUGAGGCCUUCGGAAGAGAUGCUGGAGCUGGAAAAGGAAAGGAGAGAACUCAUCCGGAGCCAGGCGGUGAAGAAGAAUCCUGGCAUUGCGGCGAAAUGGUGGAAUCCUCCCCAGGAAAAGACCAUUGAGGAGCAGCUGGACGACGAACAUCUGGAGUCGCACAAAAAGUACAAGGAGCGCAAGCAGAGAAGGGCGCAGCAGGAGCAGCUCCUCAUGCAACAGCAGCAGCCGCCCCCAGCCCAGCUCUGCGCAGCCCCCGCGGCCUCCCACGACCAGGCCGGCGCAGCAGAAAACGUCAAGGAGGACAUCGUCACUGAGCAGAUAGACUUCUCUGCCGCUCGCAAACAGUUCCAGCUCAUGGAGAGUUCCAGGCAAGCAGUGGCCAAGGGCCAGAGUACACCUAGGCUCUUCUCUAUCAAGCCCUUUUAUAGGCCUCUGGGGUCAAUCCACUCAGACAAACCACUGACCAUCUCGAGACCAGCUUCUGUCGGGGGGCUUCCAGAAGACAGUGGUGCAUCAACAGCCAAGGGGCAGCAGAAAGCCAGCUGUGCCCUGGAGAGCCAGCCUGCGGGGGGAGGCCAGGGUAGCACAGCUCCUCAGGGGAGGGAAGGGCCCUACAGUGAGCCUUCCAAACGCGGGCCCUUAUCCAAACUGUGGGCAGAGGAUGGGGAGUUUACCAGUGCCCGGGCUGUCCUCACUGUGGUCAAGGAUGACGACCCUGGGAUCUUGGAUCAGUUUUCGAGGUCAGUUAAUGUCUCUUUGACCCAAGAGGAGCUUGACUCUGGUUUGGAUGAAUUGUCGGUGAGGUCCCAGGAUACCACCGUCCUGGAGACCCUGUCCAAUGAUUUUAGCAUGGACAACAUCAGUGACAGCGGGGCCUCCAAUGAGACAACCAAUGCCCUCCAGGAGAAUUCACUGGCUGAUUUUUCCCUGCCCCAGACUCCACAAACUGACAACCCUUCGGAAGGCCGAGGAGAAGGCGUCUCCAAGUCCUUUAGCGAUCACGGUUUCUAUUCCCCUUCGUCCACGCUGGGAGACUCUCCGUCGGCUGAUGACCCCUUGGAAUAUCAGGCUGGUCUCCUGGUGCAGAAUGCCAUUCAACAAGCCAUAGCUGAGCAAGUGGAUAGAGCUGUGUCCGAAACCAGCAAGGGUGGGACAGAACAGCAGGGACCUGGGGCAACUCUAGAGGAAGCUGCAGCUGAGGCUCCCAGCUCAGAGAAGCCCCAGAGCAUGUUUGAACCACCUCAGGUGUCCUCUCCCGUUCAAGAGAAGAGGGAGGUCUUACCAAAGAUUCUGCUUGCUGAAGACCGGGCACUCAGGGAAAGGGGGCCCACCCAGCCGCUGCCAGCAGUACAGCCCAGUGGCCCAAUAAACAUGGAGGAGACCAGACCGGAAGGGAGCUAUUUCAGCAAGUACUCAGAGGCAGCUGAGCUGAGGAGCACAGCCUCGCUCCUGGCCACUCAAGAGUCCGAUGUGAUGGUUGGGCCCUUCAAGCUGAGGUCGAGGAAGCAGCGGACUUUGUCCAUGAUCGAAGAAGAGAUCCGAGCAGCCCAGGAAAGGGAAGAGGAGCUGAAGAGGCAGAGACAAGUCUUACAGAAUACCCAGAGCCCCAGGGCAAAGAACGCCCCAUCACUGCCCUCCCGAACAUCAUGCUACAAAACCGCUCCAGGGAAAAUAGAGAAAGUCAAACCUCCUCCACCCCCCUCACCUGAAGGCCCCAGCUCGCAGCCUGACUUAGCCCCCGAAGAGGCUGCCGGAUCCCAGCGGCCCAAGAAUCUGAUGCAGACCCUCAUGGAAGACUAUGAGACACACAAAUCUAAAAGGCGUGAGAGAAUGGAUGAUAGUAGUGUCCUUGAGGCCACACGGGUUAAUCGAAGAAAGAGCGCCCUGGCCUUGCGCUGGGAGGCGGGGAUCUAUGCGAACCAGGAGGAAGAGGACAAUGAAUAACAAACUUCCUUCCACCCAGGAAGCUUCUUUGGUGCUUGGGUUACCAAGAAACCAAGAAAUCAACACAUCGAAUCAUUUUAAUGGGAUAUUUAUUAAAGUGCAAACAAACUCCACAAUCCUUAUGUAGACCGGAAGCUGCAAUGACCAACGAUGAAAACCUACAGUGAAAAGAAGCCCACCCGCCACACUCUGUAAACAAACACCCAGGAGUCAAAAGACAAAGGAUUUUUUGAGACUCAAAGAAUCGCCUGGAUUUGGACCCAUCCACAGUUGAUCCAAAAGGACAAAGCAGUUCCAAGCAAAUCAACACGGUAGCUCCAGGCAGCAUUGAGACCAGCCUCGCUGGGUGAUGACAAACACUGGUGACAGGGCCAUGUAGAGCCGCAGAGCCCGCGCUGGUGCAGUCUACAGGGCGCAGGGUACUCCCUGCACCGGUUCCUCGCCAGCGCUCACAGCAUCAGAGGUGUGGGAACAACCCGAUUUACUCCAGCAGCCAGCCAUAAAACGAAAUGCAAGUCUCUCUGUAUCUGCCCAGGAGAGGCAAUUAGGAUUCCAUUUCUCUUACAUCUAAUUGUUUUUAAUUGGGAGCAAUUAAUGAUCGCAAUGUAUACAAUCCACCUUCUUAAGACAGUUUUUCUUCAUGUUGCAAACACCGUCGAUUCUACACGAGGGGGUUGAGAAAGAGGGAGAAAGCCAAACCAAAUGGAUUAUUUUAGCUUUAGGAUCUCGUCUGCUUAUAGUAUUGACUAAUUUGCCGUUUAUGAGAACACAUUUUCACAAUUAAGUUUCUUCAUAUGAAAACUAUAUUUAGUGGGCAACAACUAUUUUUAUGAUGGGAUGGGGGGAGUAUAUCCAUGUAUAAAAUCUGUACACAUUCAACAGCUUGGCUCAAGAUGGUGGGGGUAUUUUUAGAGCGGCAGUAAUUGAAAAAAGGGCAAACUGCCUUCGAGAGGCAGAUGACAGGAAAUAAAAAGGUGUUUAUAUUUUAUAUUAUAAAGUGGACCUUAGUAGGAAGAAUGAAAGAUUAUUUUGGAUCAAUCAGAAAGGAAACAUUAAAGAAAGGUCAUGAAGGUAGACUGAGAAACAGGGGGGGAGAAUGUGGGGAAAAUAGGAAGUAAGAGAUAUUACUUAUUUUUGCUGAGCAACCAGCAUUUUUCAGAAUGAUAAAGAGAAACAUUUUAGAGUAGAAAUCUAAGUGGAGGCUUGGAAUCAGCUACAAAUCCUAAAGAUGGUGUGUGUGUGUGCGCGUGUGUGUGUGUGUACGUGUGUGUGUGUGCACACGUGUGCCCGCUCAUGCACGUCCAUCUGUGUGUUUGGGUAAAGUGUGUGUACAAGGAUUAAAAUUCCAGAAUGCUCAUGGGACAAGGGUGUACAGUUAUUUCCUCCAAAGCUGUUUGCCAGCGUCAGGAGUGAGUCAGAAUUUCUUUUUUAUGAAAAGGGAUAUAGAGGCACUGACCUGAUGCAGUAUUUGUAAUAUUAAAUUGACCUAACAUGGUAUUUGCAUGAGUCACAAUUGCAAAGUUUUGAGCGGUUUUGUAAUUUGACAUUUAGAAAAGUACCGUAUUUAUUCUCAUGCUUUGUAUUCAUAGCUUAGUAUACUGUAGAGGAUGCCAGCUUUAUCUUACUGUCAUUUAAAGCAAUAUGAUAAGGGUACUCAAUAAUUGGGUGCCCUGAAUUUCUGGAUGAGAAAAGUUUUUAAUUCUGGCCAUGAGAAAACAAUUGACCAGCCUUUCUUUUUUCUAUUUGUUUUGAAACUAUGGUUUUUAAAAGAGCAAUAAUGAAGCCAGACCUCACUAAAAUUCCUUUUUGUUUUUAUAUUGUUAUGUCAUAGGCUCUAAUAUGUUAUUCUGACAAAUAACGAUUCCACAACAGUUUGUAUGUAGAUGUUAGGCACAUUACCUUUGCUUCUUUUUAUAGAGUAGUGGUGACUUUAGGGGGAAAGUUUAUUCACAGACAAGCGGUGGGCAUAAAGUAAACAUGCAACUGUCUGAUAACUUACAAGGAUCCUUUAAAACUGCCAAGGGAACCUGCAAUUUGAAGCCAAAUUCUAGAGGUCGGUGGUUGGAGCCAUCUUUAUGUGGUUUAUUCUCCUGAAUAUUGUGAAAAAUAUUCAACAAAAUGUGCUAGCCACUGGGGACACAAAACAAAUAAGAUCCCCGCUGCAAGGAAUGCGUUUUCAUGUGGGGGCAUGGAGACAGCCAUUCCCAGGAAAAUGAGGUCUGUGUUAGGUUAGAAGUCCUGACGGGUGAAAUGGGAGCACCCAGGAAGGCUGCCUUGCCUGAGGAUUUUCAGCGUUCCCAUGGCAGGCACGAGACUAAAAGAUGAGACAAACGCUUCCUGUGGCCCCAAGGCACAGUGGCAGCUAGGAUGGCUGCAGAGCAGAGGGGUUUUAUGAGAUACACAAAAAAUAAAACAGGCUGCAUGUUUUCCGGACUAACUCUGAAUCUGGUAGAGAACACAGACAUGGUAUAGACAAACCCUGGCUUCCACAAGAGGAAACAACCCUCAGGACAACCUGAAGUUUUUUGUUGUGUUUUGAAGGAAGCCAUGUCCCCACCCAUCUUAAGCCUGCUUUUGAGAAGACAAUUUGCAGCUGAAUGGAUAGCUUAGGAGGCCACACAAUUCAUGGACUCUUUUGGAGGCAGACAAAUUGGCCUUUGACUACAGAUGAUUGAACCAGAAGCAGGCAUAACAUUGCCUGGAGUUCUAGCGCAGUCCUUUGGUCCGUGCUCCAUGUGUAGACAGGGCAACAAAUGCAGAGUUUCUGUGAGCGUCCCGCAGUCGCGGCGCUGUUGAACUGUGGCCCCUACGUCUCCAACAUUUGCUUGUUCCCUCUGCUGGCCUUCUGAUGACUGCUGUCUAUUUCCUUGGUCCACUCACUUAGAAUCCUCUUAAAAUGUAAAUUGUAGUUCCCUUGGAAGAGCCAGGUUUUCUCUGUGCUCUUGAGUUUUUUACUCAUUCAGAAAACACUGGGCUUUGUACAUAGCAUCGUGCUAGGCUCUGGGAUCCCAAACGAACCCCUUAAACCUUCUGAAGAUGCAACAGACCCCUGGAGGAGAGUUAUUACUUCCUAAUCCACCAACAGGAAGUGGCUUGUCAAAGAAAUUGGCCUCUGAUGCUCGUCCCUGCCCCCAAAUAGCACGCAAGCUUGUUAAUCUCAACUAUAACACGUGUUUAGAUUCUGUAGAUGUUAAAAGCUUUCCUGAAAGUGUUCCUUUCUACAGUGUUUAUAGAUGUUCAGUUUCCUCCGGAGCUGAUUAACUACUGACAUGCCUUGGCUCUCUCAUCCAGAAAUUAUGGAAACAGGGUCUGUCAGUGGUAGGAGGCUGGGCUGUGUUCUCCUCAGAUGACACAAUGCAAUUUCCUUGCCUCUUUUCACCUCUGCAUGCUGCCCGCCCUAGACAAUGACAUAUACGCAGUAUAUAGAUCAGUGUCCACAUAUAUACACAACACAACACACGCAUAUAUAAAGUGUAACAAGAAACACUAAGACAGUGUUGACUCUUGUCUCUGAUGACAAACAUUUUUCCAACUCAAGAAUGGAUGUAAUUAAACUAUGUAUUGAAAAAAAAAAUAGCCUAAGUGUUUAGAGAUGGUGAAUAUAUCCAGUUUUAGUGACAGAACCAAUUUCCUGAAUUUUAAGCAUUGAGUGAGCUACCAGCUUUGAUCUUGUGUUGCCCUUUUACCCAAAUGACUUUUUUUUUUUUUUUUUUUUGGAGAAGGAGGGGGGGGGGAAACAGCAGCAAUACUGUGUUUGAAAAUUAUACUCUGUAUCUGGCUCUCCUGUGUAUGUUAACCACUUAAAUGUUAUUAUCCUGCUUCGGUUUUAUAGUGAUUGUGAGGCAUUCAAUGCAAGUAUACAGUUAUUUUCUCAUUAAAA